AUGGCAGAAGAUCUAGAAGUUUCAAGUUCUCUUAAUGUUUCUGAUGAGCUAGAGACAGUUGAUGAGAGUAAUAAAUGUGUAAAGUUAGACCUACCAGUUCAUAUAGCUGCCUUUUUAAAGCGGCAGGAAUUCAAUAGAGGCUUUCAACAAAUUAUAUGUGACCAAUCUUUGUUGGAAAAUGUUGCUACCAACUAUGUAAUAGUGAAAAGAAUACUUAGCUUUCUGCAAUGGCAAGAUAAGUUGCUAUGUAAGAAUGUUUGCUCAAUGUGGCGCUCGGCUGUGCAUACACUGCAGAAGGAGCAAAUGGGCCCCUCUGACUUUGCUAUAAGUUUAAGACUUAGUCACAUUAAAAAUGGAAUAAAGCUGAUGCAAGCUGACUGUUUCUACACUGAACCAUUAGUAGUUUUGGCAUUUGCUAAUAUGGCAGGCUUUUCUGUUACCAGCAAAUGUGAGACAUUGAUACCCUGCCCCUGUGAUCCAGCAUGUGAUAAAGACCAUUACCUUUUAGACGUGCUGAAAAACUUAGUAGCUGUUCCGAAGUCAUGUAUGCUAGCAGUAAAAGCCUGUUACACAUCAUACAUGCCCCUGCAACACUCAUUGACCUACCAGUAUCGUGUAACCAAGAAGUUUGGGAGGUCCAGUGCAUUCAUAGGCGGCCUCUAUAUACCACUGAUACCAAAUGUAGAGUUUCAAGUAAUAAAUAUAAAAUCACUAGCGGACAUACCAAGGACCUUCAUUAAAACCAUAGAUAAGAUGGCAGAGACUCGCUAUGUGAAAGGAGCGUUAGUUUUUGUCAAUGAAAGCUUUAUCCUCCACUCUGUGGAAGAUAUAGUGUUUUUAAAUUAUUUGAAGGAUGUCCAACCGGAUGUGCCAUAUGCACUGGGUGGGUGCUUAGUAGAAGACACAGUAUCUGAUAGUGAAGAUAUGAACUUUAUGAUAGAAGGAGUGAACGCUGGCAAAGAGCUGAUGAGUGAGAACAUUGUAUCCAUUUGCCUGUUCACAGUUCCUAAAGUCUUGGACUCUCAAAUGGAUGUUUGUAACUUCGAUGUAUUCUCACUUAUACUUGAAUCACAUGACUGGUCCAAGGCUAAGGUACAAGCUGCUAUUAAUGAGUUUGCAAGAAAAGUUCCUCACUUCACACACAGUGUUGUGAUAAAGAUGUCGUGUGUGGGUCGCGAUAAUAAACAUGACUACGAGCAGGAAUUCUUCAGGGCUGCAUUCCCUAAUACUCGGCUUGUCGGUUGCUAUGGCAACGGAGAGUUAGGAAUCAAUAGGCCGGAGCGCCCGCCGCCAGAACCGCGCUCAAGCAACGUGAAGCGCCAGAGAGCAGACUCCGGUCCACAAUACGGUCUCAUGUAUUCAUAUUCAACAGUCUUCGUAUACAUUGGCUGGGGUAACAUUGUGACGCCCGCUGAAGCCACUUAACAUCACCACUGCUACCAUGCAUUUUACUCUGACAUUCUAAAUAUUGGUCACAUAAUUUUGUAGAUUGCAUUACCUAUCUAUAAGAUCAAGUGUAAUUUUGUAAUAUCUGUGUGUUUUAUACUUUUAAUAUGAAUAUUGUAAGAGCUUAUUUUAAGGGUAAUUUGAUAUUCUGUACCAAAGGGUAAAAGAAUUUAUAGAGAUAGUGUAGUUCAGUAGCUAACAAGCUACUUAGGCGCUUAUUUAUUACCCAUAACCAACAUUACUGCCAUACAGUUCUAAAUUUAUUAGGUCUGUGGAAUGAUAAUUUUAUAUCAAAAGGGCCCUCUUAAUCGUAAUUAUUACGGUCUUAUUGAUAUAAAAAUAUAGUACACUUUGGUAAAUUAUAUGUGAGCCUUUUAUAUCUUUUGUGAAAAUAUUACGAUUAUUGUAAAGAGCAAAACAAUCACGAGGCUUACUGAUUCGUUUUGAAGAGCACAGCUCACGCACCUCAGAGACUGCUCAUACAUUUUGAAUAAUGUUCAUAUGCAAUUACAAAUAAGGUAACAGUAAGUUUACGUUUUGAAUUUUUACCGCAUCGCGGAAAUAUGGUUGUUAUUAUUUAUAUUGUUUCUUUCGUUUUUCUUUUUUUUAUAUUUUUCUAUUCUUAAGUUUGUUUGCUGUGCAACAAUUGUAUGGAACUGUUAGUGAGGCGCGAAACUAAAUAAUUUUAGUUAGAUUUUAUGGCGCCAACUCAGCUAUGACGACAUAGGCGCUCUAUUAUCGAACGUUUCAAACUUUUUGGAAAUUACCCUCUAGGUUCUAUUAUACUAUAAGAAAGGCUCUAGUCAAAGUUAAUGCGCGAACAACUCAACAGAAAAAUACAUAAUAAUUAAUAAAUAUGUAAAAUAAAAGUAAGGUCGUCUUACCCAGGAAAUGUUGUCUUCAUAGUUGGGUAUUUCAACAUACCUCCUGCUUUGUAAUGUCUCCUCUUUAUAUGUUUUGUGUACACAACAUUUUUUUACUUUAUUUUGCUUUUAUGUGAAUUAACUCUCGUUAGUUCCUCAACGUGAAAAUUGUAAAGGAGGUGGAAUAUUUGAAGACAACGAAUUGCUUUUUUAAUUUAAAAGGUAAUUAAUCCUUACCUCGGUAGAUAAACAUAAAGCCGUACUGACAGGCAAUUUUGCACUGCCUCAGGUCAGACAAGCACUUGAGUGUAUAAUUUGUAAAAUUACGUAUUUUUCAAUUCUCUUACUUUAUUUUUUUCUUCCAAAAUUCAAUUGAGGGAUUUAGUGAUUAUUUACUCCACUUUUUUGCUAUUCUUAUCAAAAUGGUGCAAGGAUUUUAUUAGUUACUAAGGAUAGAUCACAAGAUGAACCAUUUCAACACAGCUGACCUCCGCUUUUAUAUUCUUUGCAGUGGCGUAGCUUGCCUUGUCGGGGCCCCGUAUAAAAAAUUGUUUGGAGGCCCUUAUAUGGCACUUUUUUAUAACCUCUUCCCUUUUCUGUUAACUUUUUCUUUUCUCAGCGCCGCUGGGAUAAUCUAUUUUCCUUUCAUUCAUUUAAUGCACAUUUAUAUAAAGCGCGUAAAUAAACAGUGCACUGCACUCCGGCGUAGCAUCGGGUGGCACCCGCGGCGGACUAACUAUUGAGCACCCAAUAAUCAUGGAUUAAAAUUGUAAAUAAAAGUACCUACUUAAAAAUCGUGUAGAAAUCAUUCGUGGUGGUUUUUGCUAGGUUUAACGUAAAGAAACCGGAGACGGCUCAUUCCAAACUUAUGAAGCGCUAUUUUUGAAAUUUGGGAUAUAAAAAACCCAAACAUGUUUUAUAAAAACCGGCCAAGUGCGAGUCGGACUCGCGCACGAAGGGUUCCGUAGGUACCAUUAUUUAUAAAACGGACAAAAAAAUCAUGCUUGUUGUAUGGGAGCCCCCCAAAAUAUUCAUUUAAUUCUAGUUUUCUGAGUUAUAGCGGCAGCAGAAAUACAUCAUCUGUGAAAAUAUCAGCUCUCUAAUUAUACCCUAAAAAUCAGUGUGUUUUUAAGUUUUGAGAUAAACAGGUGUGAAAAAAACCACUGCAAAGAGAAGAAGCCGCGUGCGUAGCGAGCGCGAAAUUUUUGAUUUUCAGGACGCAAUGAUACCUAA